AGAGUUCAAAAACCCGAGCAAAGCUAUGGCGCUACUCCCCCAAAACUCAAUAAUAUUUUCUUGGAGCUUAAAACCAAAAUCGACAUUCACAGCACUUCUUGGCAGCUCUUUGAACAUCAAGAAAUCCAUUUCACCAAGACGGGUGUCUUCUCCUUCUUCUCUGUUCUCUAUUCGUUGUUAUUCUGUUCUCUCUCAACGGCCCCUCAGAUAUGCAGUCCUUGGUGCUGGCUAUGCUGGGCUGUCUGUGGUUUGGCAUUUGCUGCAACACAGUACGAAGGAGGCACCGCUUUUCAUUGACAUAUAUGAUGAAGUUGGCAUUGGUGGAGGUGCAUCUGGAAUGUCUGGUGGACUCCUUCAUCCAUACUCUCCUAAAGUUAAGCUUCUCUGGAAAGGGGAAGAGUGUUGGAAGGAGAGUUUAAAUCUUCUAAGGAUAGCUGAAAAUGCUAAAUUUUCCCAAUCAUCAAAUGUUGAAAAACAAGAUUGCGGUCAGAAUGAAAAUGACUUUAUGGUUAGGAGAAGAGGUAUUCUGAGACCCGCACUCAGUUCGAAGAAUAUGGACAUUAUGAUUAAUAAUGCUCAGGACUUCCUUGCUAGCUGUAGAAUAGAGACGAUUAAUAGAGAAUCUGCACAGAAUCUUGUUCCGAGUUUGUUUGUGCCUCUGGAUGUGGCUUUUCACAUGCCUGAAGCCGUCAAUGUUCAUUCCCGAUGCUAUCUCGAGGCUCUCUACACAGCAUGUCGAAAUGCUGCGAAAGACUUAUCCACUUCGGGUGUCGCACAUAAAGAGUUGUGCUUGCACAAAAAAUCUAUUGAUGGUCUCCUAGAACUUGCAGGGGAGUAUGAUGCGGUGAUCAUAUGUCUUGGUGCCAGAGCAGCGUUUCUCCCUGAGUUGUCGGGAAGGCUCCCUUUGCGGACAUGCAGGGGCGUUAUUGCUCGCCUGAAGAUCGAUGAUAAUGUUAGAGAGGAUUAUCCUGAUCACGGCCCGUCAAUAUUAGCAGAUGCAUGGCUCGCUAUUCAGGGGCCCCGAGAACUCCACGUGGGCGCCACGUGGGAGUGGAAGUCAAGAAACUAUUCAAGGGCGGUUUCACAAGAGGAAGCAACCAAAGCUCUCGAAGAGCUUCUGCAAAAGGCAUCCGCAGUGUAUCCGGGCAUCAAGAACUGGAGUGUGAGAGGUGUGAGCGCAGGCCUAAGGGCAAUGCCACCGCUCACUCCUCAAGGGUCGCUUCCUCUCUUGGGUUGUGUCGACGAGCUUGUUGGGUGUAAAGAAGCGGGCAAGUUGUGGUUAUUUACGGGGCUCGGUUCAAGGGGUUUGUUGUAUCAUGGUUGGCUAGGCAAAGUUAUUGCACAGGCUGUUCUCUCCGGUAAUGAGGGGUUGAUCCCUUCAGAAUUGACUUCAUGGAAGCAUAAGAUAGAGCUGUAACUAAUGUGAAUUUUUGGCAUUUUGUUCACUAAUCGCCAACCCUUUAAUGUUUCAAAAUUUCAAUGUUACUUUAACACACUUUGAAUGCA